AAAAGAAGAAGAAGAAGAAGAGUGUUGUUGAAACCGAAAGUAAACGCGUACGUACCCUCGAGAGUAAACGCACAUUUUGAAGAGUUAAAAUGCAGAGUUAAAAUCCUUCUAUUCAGAUCUCAGAGUUGACGACCUCAAAUCAGUUCUUCAUCAUGGAGAUCAGUGAGAGAUCUUCAUCUCCAGAUCCCAGCUGUGUGUCUCUGAAGAGUGAUGCAUCCAUGGGAGAUCCUCCUAAACUCAGUGCUGAACCAGUGACCUCUGACCCCAGAGUCACCAGGAGGAAGAGUCAGAGAUCUUCAUCUCCAGAUCCCAGCUGUGUGUCUCUGAAGAGUGAUGCAUCCAUGGGAGAUCCUCCUAAACUCAGUGCUGAACCAGUGACCUCUGACACCAGAGUCACCAGGAGGAAGAGUCAGAGAUCUUCAUCUCCAGAUCCCAGCUGUAUGUCUCUGAAGAGUGAUGCAUCCAUGGGAGAUCCUCCUAAACUCAGUGCUGAACCAGUGACCUCUGACCCCAGAGUCACCAGGAGGAAGAGUCAGAGAUCUUCAUCUCCAGAUCCCAGCGGUGUGUCUCUGAAGAGUGAUGCAUCCAUGGGAGAUCCUCCUAAACUCAGUGCUGAACCAGUGACCUCUGACCCCAGAGACGAUCAGAUACGAGCCCAGGAUCCUCCUCAAGCAGUGAAUGAUGAACUACAGAGAGUCAAAGAGCAGCACAAAACCAGCAUGAAGAACAAGUAUGAGAGAUUAUGUGAGGGACUGAAACUCCAGGAGAAUGAAAGCCUCCUGAACAGCAUCUACACACAGCUCUACAUCAUAGAGGGAGAGAGAGAAGCAGUGAAUCAAGAACAUGAGGUUUUACAGAUGGAGAAAACAGCCAGAACACAACACUCACAAGACACUCCAAUCUACUGCAAUGACAUCUUUAAAGCCUCCGCUGAAGCAGGAUGUGAGGAGAAAGAGCAGAUCAAGACUGUUCUUACUAAAGGCAUCGCUGGAAUCGGAAAAACCGUCUCUGUGCAGAAGUUCAUUCUGGACUGGGCCGAGGGAAAAGCCAAUCAGGAUGUAGAUUUCAUGUUUGUGCUUCCAUUUCGAGAGCUGAACUUGAUCAGAGAUCAUCAGUACAGUCUUCACAGACUUCUGCUGGACUUUCAUCCUGAACUUCAAGAUCUGGACUCACAGAUUUAUGAGGAGUGUAAAGUUGUGUUCAUCUUUGAUGGUCUGGAUGAAAGCAGAAUCACACUGAUGUUUUCAGACGCUCAGAAAGUUUGUGAUGUGACUGAGACUUCAUCAGUGGCUGUGUUGAUGUCAAAGCUGAUGAAAGGAGAGCUGCUUCCCUCUGCUCUCAUCUGGAUCACCUCCAGACCAGCAGCAGCCAAUCAGAUCCCCUCCGAAUACAUCCACCGUCUGACAGAAAUUCAGGGAUUCACUGAGCCUCAGAAGGAGGAAUAUUUCAGGAAGAGAAUCAGUGAUGAGCAUCAAGCCAGCAGAAUCAUCUCACACAUCAGAAGAGCAAGAAGCCUCCACAUCAUGUGCCACAUCCCCGUCUUCUGCUGGAUCUCAUCCACUGUGCUUCAGAAGCUCCUGGAAGAAGAUCUGAGAGCAGAAAUCCCUCAAACUCUGACUGAAAUGUACAUCCACUUCCUGCUGAUUCAGAUCAACAUGAGGAAGCAGAAGUAUGAAGAGAGAGAUCCAGAGAAACUCCUGCCGUCCAACAGAGAAGUGAUUGUGAAACUUUCUGAAGUGGCUUUCAAACAGCUGAUGAAGGGCAAUGUGAUGUUCUAUGAGGAGGACCUGAUUGAGAGCGGCAUAGACGUCACUGACGCCUCGGUGUAUUCUGGGAUUUGCACUGAGAUCUUGAAGCAGGAAUCUGUGAUUCAUCAGAGGAAAGUCUACAGCUUCAUUCAUCUGAGCGUUCAGGAGUUUCUCGCUGCUUUCUAUCUGCUUUACUGCUAUUUAACAAAGAACAAGAAACCACUGCAUGAAUUCAGAUCUUACGGAUUUAAUAAAGACUCUCUGUAUGAUUUACUAAGAUCAGCAGUAAAUAAAGCUCUCAAGAGUGAGAAUGGACGUCUGGAUCUGUUCCUGCGGUUCCUGCUGGGCGUCUCACUGGAGUCCAAUCAGAGACUCUUACAGGAUCUACUGACACACACAGAGAACAGCUCAGAGACCAUCAGCAGAACCACAUGGUACAUUAAAGAGAGGAUCACAUAUCAAGAUGAUAGUCAUCCUCUCUCAGCUGUUAAGUCGAUCAAUCUGUUCCUCUGUCUGCUGGAAGUGAAAGAUCAGACUCUGUCCAGAGAGAUUCAGGAGUUUGUGAAAUCAGACAAACACUCAGAGGAGAAACUCUCUCCUGGUCACUGCUCAACAAUCUCCUACAUGCUUCAGAUGUCAGAGGAGCCUCUGGAUGAACUGAACCCCAUGAAAUACAACACAUCAGCUGAGGGGAGAAGAAGACUGAUACCAGCUGUGAUCAAGUGCAGAAAAGCUCGUCUUGCUGGCUGUGAUCUCACUGCUCAGUGUUGUGAGAGAUUGUCUUCAGCUCUACAAUCCUCAAACUGUGUCCUGAGAGAGCUGGAUCUGAGUUACAAUGACCUGCAGGACUCUGGAGUAAAGUUUAUUUCUGAUGGACUGAAGAGUCAGAACUAUCAGCUGCAGAUACUGAGAUUUUCUGGCUGUAAACUCACUGCUCAGUGUUGUGAGAGUUUGUCUUCAGCUCUACAAUCCUCAAACUGUGUCCUGAGAGAGCUGGAUCUGAGGAACAAUGACCUGCAGGACUCUGGUGUAAAGUUUAUUUCUGAUGGACUGAAGAGUCAGAACUGUCAGCUGCAGAUACUGAGUCUUGCUGGCUGUGAUCUCACUGCUCAGUGUUGUGAGAGAUUGUCAUCAGCUCUACAAUCCUCAAACUGUGUCCUGAGAGAGCUGGAUCUGAGGAACAAUGACCUGCAGGACUCUGGAGUAAAGUUUAUUUCUGAUGGACUGAAGAGUCAGAACUGUCAGCUGCAGAUACUGAGGUUGUCUGGCUGUAUGGUGACAGAGGAAGGCUGUGGUUAUUUGUCUUCAGCUCUGAGUUCAAACCCCUCACACCUGAGAGAGCUGGAUCUGAGCUACAAUCACCCAGGAGAAUCAGGAGUCAAGCUGCUCAAACACAAACUGCAGGAUCCAAACUAUAAACUGCAGAUACUCAAUGUGGAUCAUGGAGGAGAGAUCAGGAUGAGAACGGGACUACGAAAGUAUGCCUGUGAACUCACACUGGAUCCAAACACAGCACACACUCGACUCGUUCUGUCUGAUGAGAACAAGAAGAUCACAUUAGUGAAAGAUCAUCAGCUGUAUCCUGAUCAUCCAGAGAGAUUUGAUCGUGUUCAUCCUCAGGUUCUGUGUGUUGAGAGUCUGACUGGACGCUGUUACUGGGAGACUGAAUGGAGCAGACGAGCUGCUAUAUCAGUGUCCUAUAAAGGAAUCAACAGGAAAGGAGGAAGGAGAGAUUGUAUGUUUGGAUUGAAUGAUAAAUCCUGGAGUCUGUUCUGCUCUGAUAACAGUUUCUCUGUCCGUCACGAUGAGAUCAUACCUGUUCUAUCUGCUGACCCUUCAUCCUGUAAGAGAGCAGGAGUGUAUGUGGAUGUGUCUGCUGGUGUUCUGUCCUUCUACAGCGUCUCUGACACACACACACUCACACACUUACACACACUCAACACCACAUUCACUGAACCCCUCUAUGCUGGAUUUAGACUUUAUUAUCCUGAUUCCUCAGUGUCUCUGUGUGAUAUUAAAUGAUAGAGAGACUCUUUCCGAUGUUCACACACACACACACUCAUCAAAUCUCACAUCAUUACAUUUCUAUUCCUUUUUUAUUCGUUUUUCAUCGUCAUACAGAAGUUAUGAAUCUAGAUCAGACUCUCAUACUGUUCUGAAUCUUUAAUAAACAGAGUAAUAUGUGUGCUUUAAUAUUUCUAUUGUAAACUGCUCAUCAAAUCUCACAUUACAUUUCUAUUCCUUUUUUAUUCAUUUUUCAUCGUCAUACAGAAGUUAUGAAUCUAGAUCAGACUCUCAUACUGUUCUGAAUCUUUAAUAAACAGUAUUAUGUGUGUUUUAAUAUUUCUAUUGUAAACUGCUCAUCAAAUCUCACAUAAUUGCAUUUUUAUUCAUUUUAAUUUGUGUUUUAUUGUCUUACAUUAGUUAUAAAUCUAGAUCAGACUCUCAUACUGUUCUGAAUCUUUAAUAAACAGAGUAAUAUGUAUGCUUUAAUAUUUCUAUUGUAAACUGCUCAUCAAAUCUCACAUCAUUACAUUUCUAUUCCUUUUUUAUUAGUUUUUCAUCGUCAUACAGAAGUUAUGAAUCUAGAUCAGACUCUCAUACUGUUCUGAAUCUUUAAUAAACAGAGUAAUAUGUGUGCUUUAAUAUUUCUAUUGUAAACUGCUCAUCAAAUGUAAUAAAAGUCCAUGAGUGACUCAUUUGAUCC